AUGGCACGCACAUCAACCAGUCAUCAAUCAAAUUCUUCAUCAGCUGAAAAAGGAAUCUUCCUUACAGGCAAACAGGAGGGAAAGAAAAAGAAAGGGUUGGAGCUUGGAGGUAAAGUUGCGGCAUCGGCAUCGGGUAUCGGUACACAGUAG